AUGUGGAGUACAGCAGUGGACGUGGGCGGCAGAGAGGUACAGGUGCGUCUCUCCCCUGGGGUCUAUCGCGCCGCGUAUUCGGCACCACCGGCAAAUACUGAUACUGGUACGGAUUGCGCUUCAACGGCGGCGAUGCCACCAAAAGACGUCACGAAGGCCCUCUCUGACGCGCGGAGCCGCUUUCAUCAACUUCGAGACCUCCGACGGGAGCUCAGUGGCCGCCCUCUGCCAAACACUGACGGCUUGUCAGCAGCAGCGGGGCCGGCAGUGCACGCAUCGUCUGCAUUCUCCUCAACACUGCCCACGGCUACCUUAGCUCAAGCCUCGCUUCCUGUGACAUGUAUGCCAUCCGCUGCCUCCUUUGGUCUCCCACUCGACCGGCUCUCGGCGGAUGAUCCGGUCACGCGCUCUGUCUUGCGCACCGCCGCGGCAGAGCGUGCGCUACGCCUGCAACAGGCUGAAAACGAUGAGCUGAAGCGAGUGGUGGUGACACAGCAACAGGAGGCCGCCCAAAUGCAGUGCCUGGUCGAUCGUCUCUCCUCCGAGCUCACGGAAAUGCGGCGGACGGUGCUGCGGCAGACAGCCACCAUGAAGUCGCUGGCGGCGGAAAUGGAGCGGCGAGAUGUGUAUCACUUGAUCAAAGAGAAGCAUCGCAGCCAAGCGGCGGCGUCGGCGUUGGCGACUGCAAAUGCCUCGUCGGGCACCUUGCCGUCGCAAUCCUCGUUAACUCACCAGCAGCGACUCGCGCAGCUCGAGCAGCAGGUGGGGCAGCUUACGACGCAGAAAGCAGAGUUGCAGCAGCAGGUGAGCCACCUUUCGUCCCACCACGGUGGAAAGCAGUGGAGCACGCCGGCGAUCGAGGAUAUCGACAAGGACGAUGAUGUGAUGGGAGAGGGGAGCGGGGCUGAUGGGUGGGUUUCAUCUGCGCGCGUGGAGUUGCAGAGGUUGGUGCAGGCCCUCGGCGCCAUACUCCAGGCUGGCGCUUCGCCUCUUGCGCGCAUCGGCGCGGAUUCUGAACCUGUUUACGAGUUGGAGCUGAGUUGCGUUACACGACUGGCGUCUGCUCGCACACGGCGCAACCCCGACGACGACGCGCCUGCACCGGGGAAGGUAAACUCUGUCGUCUGCAUCUGCGGCCCAUAUAGUGUGCGCGAUGUCCUUCUGCGCGUUCAACUAGGGACAGAGAAUACGGGCUCACUGAUGCGGCGCUCUCGCAGGCUUGAGGGGGUGCCUCAGCAAAGCCCCAGGAGAUGCGUGUUGUACGCUAUGCGAGAUACGUGCAGUGUUGUGAGGAUCUGCCUGUACGAAGGGGUGGCGAAUACUGAGGUCAAAACAGGUGAACGUUGUAGCACUGAGUCACCGGCACCGGCUGCCACAGCAACCGUUGCCGUGCACACCUUGAUCGCCACAGCCCUCGCCAGUGGCAACGAGCUAGAGACCAGGCAUGCUGCCUACAGCGUACACACGGUCCAUCUUGCCGAUGACAAGGGCGCGCCGCGCGACACCGUCACAUUUCGGGUUCGAGUCACGGAGGUGCAGCACCGGCGUUACAGCGGGUACAGAGAGAACAGCUGCAUCGACAGUGAUCUCGAUGGCCGUCGACGUGCGUCACCCUUUCCGUCACUUCGAACACGUGAGCCCGGUGGCGUUAGAAUCUGCGAGAGAAGCGCGACGCCACUCAGCAGUGCUGAUGCUGGCUCAGCGGAGGGUGAGAGCGUCACCAAAAACUUGCAACGCGGGCAGCGUCGAGGGCCUAUGCUCUCUCCCUCCCGAAACGACGAUACCACGCUCAUGAAAGGACAGCGCCUCUUUGCGCACUCUUCGUUUUCAAGCUCAACUGCCCCACCCGCCCCCACCGACGAAGCCGACUCGCGCGGCACUGCGGAGGACGCGAAAGGCAUACUCGAGCACGUGGAGCCGCAAACGAAGCCACUGCCAGCACUCCUGACUCUCUCGGAGGACUCCAAGGAGGAGGUGACUCGUGCAGCGGCAGCUAUCUUCGGUAGCGGGUCUACGACCUCGACAACGUUCGACGGAACCAGCGAACCAGAGGUCAAGGAUGAUUCGCCGUCAGCGGCGGCGAAGACUAAGAAGCUACUUCCCUUGCGUGACGCACCAGUGCCUAUGUCAUCACGCGUCGCCGUGUCGUCUGACCCUCCUUCAACGGUAGGUGUCCACCCCACUCCCAAUGCAUCCGACCUUUCUUGGCCACCGCCACCGCCUGUGGCCGUAGUGCCCACUCCACGACUGUCUUCGACACCGACCACGACGCCCCCUGCUGCCGCUGCCUGUUUGAUGCGGAUGCACAUUAAAGAAGUACGCUCUCUUCACGAGGGCUGUGAUGACGACUUGGUGGAGGACAUGCUGGAGCACUGUUCUCUGCAGGUGGCCGUCCGCGUAGAUGGCGAAACCGUUUUCACCGCACCAACGCGACGGAAUUCGUCGCAUGCGGUGUGGGGUGCCGAGGAGGGCAGUUUCACGCGCACGCUCACGGCUGGGCAGGAGGUGCGCUUCGAAGUCCUUCAUGACGACAAGGCGCGAAGCCAAGCAGUGUUGCCUGUUUCAGAGAUCCUGAAUGCCAGUGGCGCGAAAGAUUUGACCUUGUUGUCCGUCGGCGGCGGUAGGCCUUGUGGACUGCUGACAAUGUUUUUUGAAGGAUCUGUGUAG